ACCUGCGACUGAACUGCACUGAGAGAGAGAGAGUUAUCCAGAGACAGAGAGAGAGUUAUCCAGAGACAGAGAGAGAGUUAUUCAGAGAGACAGAGAGAGAGACAGAGAGACAAAGAGACAGAGAGUUUUUUCAUCUACUUUAUACUGUGAGUACUAUGAAUACUGUGAAUACAGAAUCAACCAUGGCGAAAGACCUGGAGGGCCUGACCAUGGAGCUCAAGAGAAUGAAAGAGGCCCAUGAGAAAGAGAUAGAACUGCUUAAGAAGACAGAUCAGGAAAGAAGAGACCGAGUCCGGGCUUCCUGGCUCAAACUGAGUGACGAAUGGAAGCAGGAGAAAAAGCAGCUGGUGCAGGAAAUUGAUCAGCUGAAGAAGGAAGGAGAGCAGCUGAGAAAGAGGAAGCAGGAAGAUGAAGAGCGGGCGGAAGAGAAGAAGCAGCCGAUAAACAUGGUGGAGGUUCAGAAAGCCAUGGAGCUGCUCCAGAAAAAGGAGGAUGAACGGAGAGAUAGAAUCCUGAAGGCCUGGACUGUGGCGAGCAACGAAUGGAGGGAGGAGAAAAACAAGCUCAAGCAGGAGAUCGAACAGCUGAAGAAGGAAGGAGAGCAGCUGAAAACAAGGAUAAAGAAAGAUGAAGAAGAGCAGGUGAAAGAGGUGAAGGACCCAAGGAGCAUUAGAGUGGUCAAGAAAGCCAUGGAACUGCUCCAGAAAAAGGAGGAUGAAAGGAGAGAUCGAAUCCUGCAGGCUUGGACUGUGGCGAGCAACGAAUGGAGGGAGGAGAAAAAAAAGCUCAUGCAGGAGAUCGAACAGCUGAAGAAGGAAGGAGAGAAGCUGAAAACAAGGAAGAAGAAAGACGGAGAGCAGAAAGGCGAGGACUCGACAGAGCUCCAGAAAGCAAUGGAGCUGCUCCAGAAAAAGGAGGAUGAAAGGAGAGAUCGAAUCCUGCAGGCUUGGACUGUGGCGAGCAACGAAUGGAGGGAGGAGAAAAAAAAGCUCAUGCAGGAGAUUGAACAGCUGAAGAAAGGAGAGAAGCUGAGAGCGAGCAAGAAGAAAGAUGGAGGACAGAAAGGAGAGGACUCGAAAGAGCUCCAGAAAGCAAUGGAGCUGCUCCAGAAAAAGGAGGAUGAACGAAGAGAUCGAAUCCUGCUGGCCUGGACUGUGGCGACCAAAGAAUGGAAGGAGGAGAAACAAAAGAUGAAGCUCGAAAUCGAACAGCUUAAGAAAGGAGAGAAGCUGAGAACGAGCAAGAAGAAAGAUGGAGAGCAGAAAGGAGAGAAAGAGAAAGACAAAAGAGAACUUCUCCUGGAGUCCUGCAUGAAAGAAAAAGAGAAGGAGAAGAAGGAGAUGGAAAAGAUGAGGGAGGAGAGAGAGAACGACAAGAAAAAGAUGGAGCUCAUGAUAAAAGAAAGAGACAUGUAUAAGAAGGAGGUAGAAAAGAUGAGGGAAGAAGGAAAGAAGGAGAUGAAAAAGAAAAAGGACGAGACAGAAGUCAAGGGGGUAAAGGAGAAAGAGCAGGAGGAGAGAGAGAUGGAGGAGCUGGUGCAGAUGAUGGAGGCACUAAGUCUUGGAAAGGAUAAAGUAUGACCAAGAUAUCAACUGAAGACGAAGGAAAAAAUUCAAUAAAUCAGCUUGUAUUGAAACUGAAUAAAGUCUGCUCUGUUUUUUUUUUUUUUUUUUCAUCAUAAAUACAUAAAUACAAUACAAUGAUUUUACAAGAGGAAAUCAGACAAUGUUUAAAGUAUAG